AUGCCUUGCUUCGUCUACAUCAACGGGUACCCCGGCAUCGGGAAGCUCACAAUCGCGAACGAGCUCCAGCAAUUGCUGCCCAACUCCAAAGUCUACCACAAUCACCACCUCAUCGAUCCCAUCGACGCCCUCGUUGAGCGCUCAUCUCCAGGCUACCAUGAGAUGCGAACGGGUCUACGGCGGUACAUCCUCAACGAAAUCGCGACGUCACAAUAUACCAAGGAUAAAACGUGGAUCUUUACCGAUGCGCGAGAGGCAAGCACAGCGGGAGAAAUGGGCGCCAAGGAUUACGAAGCUGCAGCGGGCAAGAGAGGCGUUUCGUUCAUAUCGAUCGUACUGGAGUGCGAGAUUGAGGAGAACAUAACGAGGGCGAUCAAUCCGACGCGGGUUGUAAGCAUCGGCGCGAAGCUUACGGACGAGAACAUAUUGAGGCCAAUUCUGGAGAACGAGACGAUUUAUCGUUUCGGGAAUGAGAACGAGUUGGUGCUGGAUGUCACGAAUCUGAGUCCGAAAGAAGGUGCUUUGCGAAUUAAGGAGCAUGUCGAUCGGUUGGCUGCAUGUCCCAUGAGCCAACCGUGUCCAUCAAUUCACACAAACCUAGUCGGCUGCUGCUUUUGUCGGGCACCGAAUGCGGCGCAAACCAGUAAGCGAUACAACGUAACAGCAAGUCUCUCGUCCAAGACACCAAAAGCCGAGACAAGCUUCAUGACUCAGCCGCAGUCGAAAGCGAAUAUUCAGUGGCUAAACAACGCGCGUUAG